UAAGAGGAAGCGCGGCAUGAGUCACGACAGCAGAGAGGGAGGAGGGAAGAGAGAGAGUCUGCCUCAGCCGUUACGCCGGUUCAUCCGGGAUGUGUGGCGCAGACAGACACUCAUCCUCCUGCAGAGGCCUCCCCACUGAGCUUGAAUGGGUCUCCAGGAUUCUACUGACGUGCUGUUUCUCCUGAGGGCACCAAGGACACUUCCCCUGUCACUGAGCCGGCCGGACACCAUCGAAACCACCACAGCCACCGGCGUCGUCUGCACCUGCUGCCUCUUGGUCUCCCCUUUGAAACACUGUGGAAGUGGAAGCCUUUUGGCGUAGGUCGUGAGGUUUGUGAGUUUUGAGAGCCGAUAAGUUAUGGCCUGGACAGCAGUGUGGGCCAACGGCUGUUUUUGAACCCUGACGGAGAGAGUUAACCAGAGGACUAAGGCAACACAGGACAACCCAACAGUUUUCGGAUUUUCUUCACCCGGAAUCUCAUCUGGUGAAAAUAAUUACUCCAACGUCAGAGACAUUGCAAGGACGGCACAGCGACGAGUUCAGUGAAGUUCACUCACUUUUCCACGCAAGGCCCUAUUGCAACUUGUCCACCGUGACCGGCUUUUGUUGUCAAGAUCUUUCCCAAAUCCCAAGAAGCCGUGGUAGUGCCAGGUCUCACCGGCGGCUCUCCUCUGCGGAUCCCAGACGGUGUCCCUGUCCAUCGUUCAGCUCUGCUCUGGGGAGCGCUAGUUAGCGUGAUGGGGUAACUCACGCACCAGCAUGGUGGUGACACGGCUGGAGCUGGAGCUGUGCUACAAAGGCAAGAAGCUGCGCGGCUUCACCUGUAAGCUGACACGCUCUGCCCAUGGCUUCCUGCCGGAGAGCUCCUGGCACAUCGCUGCCCAGGUGCUUCUGCCAUACCUGGUGGCCGGACUGGGAAUGGUCUCGGCUGGCAUCAUCAUGGACAUUGUGCAACACUGGGAGGUGUUCAAGGUCAUCACCGAGAUCUUCAUCCUUGUGCCAGCUCUGGUGGGGCUGAAGGGCAACCUGGAGAUGACCUUGGCUGCUCGUCUCUCCACCGCUGCUAACACGGGCCAGCUGGACGACCCAGAGCGCCAGUGGACCAUGGUUUGCAGCAACUUGGCUCUCAUUCAGGUCCAGGCCACGGUGGUGGGUUUCCUCGCUGCCAUGGCAGCCAUAGGGCUGGGGUCCAUGUCUCGUGGGGGGGUGGAGCUGGACCAGGCUGCUGUACUCUGUGCCAGCAGCAUCAUCACUGCAUUCGUGGCAGCACUGUCUCUAGGUCUGGUGAUGAUCGGGGUGAUCCUUGGCUCCAGGAAGGUGGGCAUUAACCCAGACAACGUGGCCACUCCCAUUGCCGCCAGUCUGGGAGACCUGAUCACGUUGUCCCUGCUGGCUGGAGUCAGUACUACACUCUACCAGUACAGAGGGGUCUGGUACCUCUCCCCUCUGUUAUGUGUUUUCUUCCUGGCUCUGAUUCCACUGUGGGUGGUGGUGGCCCGGAGGAGCCCUCAAAUUAAGGAGGUCCUGGUAUCUGGAUGGCAGCCUGUCAUUGUAGCCAUGUCUAUCAGCAGUUUCGGGGGCCUUAUAUUGGACAAGACUGUUAGUGACCCUAACUUUGAGGGGAUGGCUGUCUUCACACCUGUCAUCAACGGUGUCGGAGGGAACUUGGUGGCCAUUCAGGCCAGCCGUAUAUCCACCUACCUGCACUUCUGGAGUCUUCCAGGAGUCCUGCCCUAUAAGAUGAGACAACACUGGCCAAGCCCCAUCACCACAUUCUUUUACUCAGGUGUGAACUCCAAGUCGGCCAGAGUUUUGUUCCUGCUGGUGGUACCAGGUCACCUGGUGUUCCUCUACGCCAUCUCCCUGCUCCAGGGAGGCCACACUGCCAUCACCGUCACCUUCACUGUCUGCUACCUGUCAGCAACCCUGCUACAGGUGGGCAUCCUGCUCUAUGCGGCUGACCUGAUAGUUCGUAUGAUGUGGAGGAGGAGCCUGGACCCAGACAACUUCUCCAUCCCCUACCUGACUGCCCUGGGAGACCUUCUGGGGACCGGCUUCCUGGCUCUUGUCUUCCGCUCCGUCUCACUCAUAGAGGGGCUGGGAUUCUGAGUGAGAGCGGUGGGGCGGGGAGGCCUGCCUGGGCUUUCCCAGCUGGGCUCAGUGUCGGGCUCCCACUAGUCUAUGUUUCCUUUGCCUUCACCGUUUGCGGGCGAGUUAGUUACUCGGCUGGAUGUAGGUGGGACUGCACCCACACAGACUCGCCUGAAGGUGUUGGGCUGUUAUGAACCUCUGAGGGGCAGGCUAUUAUGAACAACCGAGGGGUGGAGUGGGCUGUUGAGUCAGACUGCCAAACUCACCCAGGUCUUAUUUCAAUCACCCCACCGUCACCUGUGAAUGUACGAUACAGUGGAAACGUCAGCACACUAUACACACUUCAAUUUUUUUGUCUUACGUUAGGGGAACAGUUGUUGAUCUAGAAUAGUUGCGUUUAACGUUGGUGAAUCUAUUUGGCACAUCAUCUCAUUUCAAGUGGCAUGUGUUACUGUAAUGUAUACGAAUCAAACUUGUUUUCUGGAUGCGGGAUGCCCAGUAGGGGGCGUUAAGUCUCAGACAUGAAUUAAAAAGCCUUUCUGGCCUGGUAAUUACACAGCAACUACUUAAUCCACUGAAAUUAAAUGUAGGGCGUUGAAGGGAGCUGGAACUGUGGAUGUGCCAAUAGAACAUUAUUUGAAGGACAGUAUUAUUAUUUAUGUAACUCUAAGACCAGCUUACCAUUAAAGUGUUACAUCUAAUAUUUGCAAGUGAACAAGGGACACAUGUUUAACCAAAAUGACCAAUUUACCAUUGGUGUAUUAUCGUUAAUGUGAGAUUGGGUUAGGGAAAAGCAUUGAAACUAUUUUAAAAUAUGCUUGCAGUGUUCAUCUCUUAGGACAGGACAAAAUCUAGACGAUUGUCACUAAAUGCCUGAUGAAGUAUGAGUUGCCAUAUCUUUGUUUUGUGAUGUUCAGCAGCAAUCAAAGCAAGAACAAAGUCUUAAUGUACACAGUAUCCGUCAAGUUCAUGUCUCAUGAAUGUUACAUGUGUGGCUGUGUUUUGUGUAAUCAUUGAGUAAUUAUUCUUAACAUAAAGGAAAAGCAGAUUUAUUUGAAACAGCAAUUUUCCAAUUUGCCUCCUGAAUGUUACCUCCAGCUCAUUGGUCAGGUGCUUGAAGAAAACAUCUUAAUGUGUCUUAAUAACUCUUGCAUUAUUUCUCAUACAUUUACAAAUUAUGAUUAUCAAAAACUUCACAAAUGUACACCAGUCAUCAAUAUGUUUUCUGUGGCCUGGAGCUCCGGUCAGUCCCAUAGUAUUAAAACAAAUAAAUGCUAAACAGGA